AAGCUAAACAUGAUUCAGUGCAGCACAAUUAUCAUGAGCUGAUAAAAGAUCCUUGCUAAAAACAUAUAUUUUAUAUUUUACAACUAUUUUGGAAACAUUAAGUUUCAUCUAAAAAGAUGUGGGGAUGUGCAUUUACAUUUUAUAUUCAAUGUUUGUAUAUUUUUUCUGGGCAUGCCAUUAUAACAAUUGCUAUACAGUGCAGAGAUGAUAACAAUCAGGAUGUAGAUUGGUUUGCAGUUUAUAAAAUACCAAAGAUGACGCACGAAAACCACCUCAUUAAAGAUGGGCUUGCUUACACUUAUGUUACCUCAGAAAAUUAUUCUCAAUGGACGCUUUCACAAUACUCUGUAAAUGAUAGCCGUUCUAUGAUAGGAAAUACUCUUAAUCCAUUUUAUUCCGAAAAGAAAAAUCUUUCAUAUGUUCUAUACAAUGAUCAACCUCCAAAUGAACCGAGUAAACCUUACAAGGGACACACCAAAGGAGUGAUUCUAGCAGAUGUAGAUGGUGGUUUGUGGCUUGUACAUUCCGUACCACAUUUUCUGCCUCUGUCUUCAAAAUAUGAGUAUUCUCCCACUGGAACUGUGAAAGGUCAAAGUUUCCUCUGUAUUUCUUUAGACCUAAAAAAUUUGAAUAAAGUGGGAAUCCAAUUACAAUAUAAUGAACCUCAAAUCUAUGCUAGCUAUAUAGAAGAGAUAUUAGAUACCAAACUGUCUCAUAUUGUGGAUGCUGUUUCUGGUACAGUUGUCACUAAACCACCUUGGUACAAUGAAAUUACCAUUAAUUCCAAAAGUGGCGUUCAAUUUAUUUCGUUUGCAAAAACAAAACAGUUUGGAAAGGACUUGUAUCACGACUGGAUUGCGCCUGCUUUACAUACAGAUUUAUUUGUAGAAACAUGGCUGAAUGGUGUUGGGGAGUUACCCUCAAACUGUAGCAAUUCUGUCAGUGUUUGGAACGUUAAUAUUGUUGGAUUGCCAGUAACAGAUGUGUCAUUUAGAAAUACUGAAGAUCAUUCAAAAUGGGCGGUAUCAGUUCUUGGUCCAUGGACUUGCAUUGGAGACAUCAACAGAAUGAAUCAUCAGAAGUUUCGAGGAGGUGGAUCUGUCUGUCUGAACAACCAAAAAUUAGCAAAAAUAUACCUGGGAUGUGUUGAAGCAUUUCAAAAAUGCAUAAGUAAUUUUUUGUAACUUUAAUAUCUACUUAUUUACAAUAAAUCAUUUAAAACUAAAACACAA